AUGGAGGCGCGGUUCCGCAGCGAGGCUUGCGCCCUAGACGAGACGGCUCCUAUGGCCCGGCAUCGCUUCGGGGCUCGGGGCAACGCAUUAUCUUUCCCGCUGCCCUGGGAAGACGUCUUGAAAGCUUUGCAGGGGGAAGGCGACCAGGCGGCGGCGCUGCCGCGCAGCGGCGCAGAACUCGGCCAACUGGUCCGCGUUCUGCUCAAGACCAACAAGAAGGGCAAGACGAGCGACGCGGAGAUCAAGGGCCUCAUCCACCAGGCGAACGUGAGGCGGGAGGUGGUGGUUAACCUCAUCUUGGACAUGAAGCGCCUGGGCCACCCGUCCUUUGCGGGCGUGGAUGAAAAGGGAGUUCGCCUUAGAGUGGACGCGGACGUCGACGACGCCGAGGACAAGCUGCAGCCGCAAAAGGCGGCGACGCCUUGCGACGGGCGGCAGGAAGACGUCGCCGCCGCCGGCGCGACCUUUGCCGCGCAGCGGGCGCGGGCCGUGGUCGCGGAAGGCUGCGCGGGCGAAGACGCCAACAAAGCUGCGGUGGCCGCGCUGCGGAAACUGCGGCGGGACCUAGAGGCGGAGGUCGAGAAGCGAGAGAAGCCCGUCCAAGGGGACUUGACCAAGCUGCGCUUUGCGAACCUGAAGCCCGCCGCCCGCAAGAUCCUGGCGAACGUCGAGGCCCGGGCCAAGAACAUCCCCGGGACCCACGAGGUGCGCAAGACCAUGCACACCGCCCUGAUGCUGCGCCUGGCGCGUGUGCGAGAAGAGGAUCCGGCGCUACUGCGGGAUGGCGCGAAGAAGUUCCAGGCCCGCGGCCUGCCGGCGCUGGACGAAGAGUUCUGCCGGCUGAGCCCCGAGGCCUUGGCGGAGAACCUGCCGAACUACGAGGACAGGCGCGCGCUGCUGGCCAGGGACCCGCUGGCUUGCGCGGAGGGCUUCAGGACGCUGGUGCUCCUGACGCUGCGCCACCUCUUGGGGGUCAGGUUCUGCCCGCGCUGCCUGAACUGCGCGACUUCGGGGCAGCCUUGCAGCGACGCGUUCGGGAGCAACGCCGUGGCCGGCGGCGGCGUGCUGGGCAGAGUUGACGCGGUGUUUGGCUCCAUCGAGUGUCAAAAGAGCGGAGCCCUCCACGCCCACAUGCAAGUGUUCGUCCAGUGCCGCCAUCAGCGCGGGUCGCUGGCCGGCCUCCUUGACUUGGGUAAGCCCGAGCUCCGAACCUUGCUGCAAAGGUAUGCUUCCUACACUGCCCAUGUCCGGCGCUCCGUCUACUGCGACCCGGACGGCUGGGAGCGCGAUCGGGCCGCCGCGGAGGAGGAGUGGCCGAAGUGCGACUGCGCCUUGAUGUUGAGCCGGCCGGCCUACCACGCGAGCCGCCGGCUGCGGCCCGAGGAGUGGACGCGGCGAUACUUGGCGGAGGACGUGGAGCAGCUGCAGCAGCGCAAGCAACAUCAUGUGCAUCUCCCUGCCGGCCCAGGAUCCGACGAGGUGCAAGAGCGGUUUCCCCCGCGACAGCCAGUUGAUUCUGGGCCGAACGGCUCUGGUCUGCCGCGGCUUGGCCGAGCAGCUGGACCUGCCCGUCAAGGGCAAGCGAGUUCUUUGGGCCUGCAGUGGGGCCCGGUCAACGACCCGAACCUCAACGGCAACCACCCGGCGCUGCUGGCGGCGCUGCGCUGCAACGGCGACCUCCAAGUGCCUUAUCGGUUCCCCGUGACGAAGGAGACCCACGACAACGCGCUCUGCCAGGAGGAGACCUGCGUCGGCGACGGCGACGUCAAGCUGCUCGUCCGCCGCCCAAGCUGGCUACGGGCGGGCAACGACCCCACGGCGGCCGAGUCUCUCAAGACGGCGCCCGUCCAGCCCAUCUCCUUGCAGUUCGGCCUCCAACUCCUGGAGGCGGCGGCCGCCGGCGAA